CUAACUUUUUAUGGAAUAUUGUUAAACUGUCAACGUUUCGUUGACAUUGUUGAUGUUAUUUUUGUUUCCUAUUGUUUUGUUAUUUAAAAUAUAAGGAAGGAGUUUUUUUUCACAAUUUAUCCGUUGCAAUGGCUGACGUUUUUAGCAAAGACGACGCCAAGGCCCUACUUAAUCGAAAAUACAUCCUCUUCAUCGGAGACUCGAACGUCCGAUCACUCUAUAAAGAUUUACUGUGGCUCGUCUCCCGAGAAGGUCUUGUCACAGCGUGCUAUUUCUCGCGAAAACUAGGAAACUCGUUUUUGGAUGACAGAGUUCUAAACAACGACGGAAACGAAUACUCUUGGCAUUUCUCUGAACACAGAUCGUACAACAAAGAUUUCCGCAUAGACUUGUUGCAUAUGAGUACCGUGAAGCCUAAUCGGAUAGCGCAAUACGUAAACGACAUGAAAGAUGGAAUUGUUCCGGAGCCGGAUGUAGUUUAUUUCAGCAGCUUCUGUUCAAAAAGAAAUCUGACGAUCCUCGAGGACGUUGUGAAUAAACUGAAGAACCAGCUGCCCAAGCGGACCUUGUUCAUGAUGGCGAAAGCCCUUCCUAUGGUUGAAGACAGCUUCGGCGAUCCUUUAAUCGAAGAAAUAAUAUAUUUCAAAGCUGGCCGAAUCGACGUGCCAGACACAGAUUAUUGCGAGAUGGCCAACCGUUUGGGCUUCAUGACCAUUGACCCAUAUUUUUAUACACAACUUGAAAUAUUUCGAGGAUUUGAUUCGAGGAGGGACAGGAAAGGGCUUCGUUUUUUAACUAACUUAAUCCUCACUAAAUACGCGAUUCACAUCAAUCGAAAAUUGCCGGGGCGAGUGGACAACCUCGUACUAAGACAAGCCCAACUGUCGUCCCUCGCCUGCAUAAAAGAAUACAGGAAUUUGGAACGUCGCAUUUCGAGCGGGGGCAGCGUUCCAAAAACCGACCCGGCUCUGAUUAACGCCACGCAGUUCUUGAAGAUGAUAAAAACAAAAAGAGUUUUUUUGUUCAGAUCGGAUACGCAUCGAAAGAGAAAAGCGUCGUCAAAGCAGCUUGACGUCAAAAUGCGUCGAAUUGACAAGUCGCCGACGGAGUUGAUGGAGAUCGAGGCUACCAAUGUAGGUAACAUUCCACAUCAACAAUUGAAUACGAACGAUUGCGCUAAGAAGGGCAGACGUAACAAAAGAAAAUGUGGUAAUCUGGACAUCAAGAAAAUGUCUUCAUAUCGCGGUGGUGGCAUCAAAUCGGUCGUUUUUCCUUUGCGUACAUGUCAGGGUCCAAAACGAUCAGAUAAAGAGCUUUGCGAAACUAAUAGAAACGAAACGAAUGAUGCAAAGUUUACACCACCCAAGAUGUCUUACAACAUUUAUGGAAUGGAUGAGAUGCCUUCUCGUUUGGGUGAUUCGUCUUGUCCACCACAGUCGGUUUCACGCGAACGUUCUAUGUUCGGUCAAAAGGAUCAGAGUAAAACGAGUUUCAUCGGUAAGGAGAGGUAUGAGACAACAAUCAGCUCUGACGCAAAUGGGACGCAAUAUAGAAAUCAACCUAACUCCUUUAACAAAGAGGUUCCUAGGGCUCAAGUUAAAUUUUCAGGAAAUAUCAAAACUUCCAGUCUCCGCAAUGAGUGCAGUCCUCAAACUACUGGUAAAACGACUCACAAUCAGAAUUUUAUGAGUUGGCUAACUAGAAAUUUCAGUAAUGACUUACAAACAGAAAAUGAAAUUAGAAGUUUUCACUCGAAUAAUAUCAAUAUUGACGGUGAAUCCAAUAGAGAUGGUUUACAUCCUGUUACCAGUUCCGAAGGUGAUGCUGAAAAAAAGAGCGGUUGCAAUGCCGAGAAGGAUGAAACUCAACAAGUCAAGCCGAGAUCCGAGGUCGAAAGCCCUGAAAUCAAACCAAAAGGACAAGCACGCGACGAUAACUCGUUUCAAAGGUAUCACACCGUAAACGGUGCUAACAAGCCGGAAUUGCUGAACAUGUCCAGAUUUUUGUUCGAUCUUCGGGAAAAGUUGAGCGUUAGCAGCCCUCAGCCCACCGCCAACAUGCCCCCGAUUUCCUUGACACAGCAGUCAAACAACUUCAAAACUUUCAGUUUCAGAACAAUCCCUCGUAUGAACCAAUUCAAUAAAACUGUUGAAGAAAAAUGCGCGAAUCCGUUCUCAAUCGAAAAUGUUUCUUUAAAAUCUCUCAGCGUUCAGCCUAAACCGGCGUACAAAAAGUGGAAGGUAAGGAAAAACAAGAGUCCGUACAGCAACUGGCAACACUUUCCAAAGACGCAAUCCGUUCGAGGAGACGGUUAUUGUAUGUACUGGCCGCCACCUAUUAAAACCAGAGGUUGCUCUUUAUUAUUGCACGUGUGAUUUUAAUCGAAUUUGGUCAACUGGUAUAUGUGCGGCACCUGGGUCUGUGUUGAAGUCGUAAGUAAUAGGCAUUCGGGCGCGUGGCGUAUGCGGUUUGCCCGUGACCGUCACCUGUGCCAUAUGCGGAGCAGAGCUGUAACACCUCCGUUACACUCUGCUGAUUUUCGGCGCGUGCUAUCCCAAUUCAAUAAACGCUAAUCCGAAAGUUGACGGUUCAGCCAAAUGAUAAAUUAUUGCCUCAAUUGAACCAAAUCCGU